AUGGCUAUCAAGACGUGUUCGACGCGUUCAACGCGUACCGAUAAGUGUAUUUCCCUCUCAGUUGUUCCACACAUCGAACCGCCCCUUCACCUUGACUUCAACCUAUGGACACACCCCGCCCAAUUGGCUUUUGUCCUUCAUGCCGAACGCCACACCACUAGAACAAAUCCAUCGGCUUUCGUGUCAUCAGCGGACUGUGUGGUCAUGUGCUUUGCAGAGUCUAAGACACGGAGCGGUCGAGGUUACUCCGCAUGGGACACCGCCACGGCCAUCAAGGUCGACAUCGACGCCACAUCAUUACUUCAGAGGGCUGUCGAGUCUGAACGCACACGCCAAUACGACGAAGAUGCGUCCCCGGAGUUUUCUCCAGCCCUCACACCUACGCGAACAUCGAACGCAAGGAAGAAUCUCGACAAGAGGGCCAAAGAGAAGAAGAAGAAGACGUCGACCAGGCCUGCCGAUAUCUUGAAAGGGAGGAAGAUUCGCCGAGGGACAGCCAACAACUACGCUAACCCAAGGGUCAUCAAUGUCAACUUUGUAGUGACCGCGCUGACCAUGGCGCGCUAUGCUGAUGUGGGCAAGAAUCGACCAGCGGGGCCCUCGGUGCCAACUCUCGAGGAAAUACGCAGAGAUCAUCCCGAUUUCACGCUGAUCACUAAUCCGGAACU